CUCGAUCAUUCUUUACAAGUUCGUUUAUAUCAUCUAUUAAAUUAUUAAGUACCCCUCUGGUUAAUAGUUCUAUAGCCUAUAAACCCUGCUUCUGGACUCUAGCUUUUCGUGACCGAAAAGUCUUAAAGUUAAUCGAUCUGCUCUGCUUCAAAUUCCCUCGAAGAAUUCAUUCAAGUGCAAAGGGUUGCUCGGUGUUCCGUGAAAAAUCUUCGAUCACAAAAGUAAAAAAAUAAUCAGUGAAGGAAGAAGAAAGGAAACUUGUGGGAAAAUAAAAGUAUGUUGAAGAUAAUAGUUACGUGACGAGAAGUUCUGGUGCUUUCGCUACCAUGUAAAAAAUCGAAAGAGCAGAUACCCUAGUGACGAUUGUUGAAGAUGAGGCAGAGAGUGAAUCUAGUCGUGACGCUGAUGGCUGUGAUUUGUGUCACUAGGGCCCUUCAGGCUCGACCUCGUUUUGUAGCAUACGACUAUGAUAGUGAAGCUGAUGAGAAAGAUCGACCAAACAAACCUCCUGUGGGAUUCGUUAUUUCAAGAGAAGAUAAUCCCACAGAUAGUACUCGAAAGCAAAGGAAAAUUUCUCAUAAUCAAAGGAGGGGCUUUCUUGAUGAGGCAAACGAUGCAAUUGAGGAUGCUAAGUCAGCUAUUCGGAGUGUGCAUUCUUAUAUGAGACAAGCAGUUGAACCAAGAAGACGACACAAACAAGAUACAAAGAUGGUGGCUUUGUUAAUGGCCUACAAGAUGAAGCUCUUGGUCCUAGUUCCCAUAAUGAUUGGGGGCAUGAUUCUUCUCUCAUCAACGACUGCACUCGCUGGAUUUUUCUUCGCCCUUUUCGCAGCAGUUUUGGGACUCAAUUCAAAAUGAAGACUUCUGAAGGACCUUAGAAUUAUUUCAAAAUACUUAAAUUCUAGAAGAGGAAGUGAAAAGUUUGAUCAAACCAAAAAUUGAUAAAAACAAAUGACUUUAUUUUGCAAUGGCUUUACAUCGUCUUACAUCGACUUACAAUUAAGAAUAAAUAUUACUGUUAACGCUCGAUUAAUAUCGAGAUACGCGUAUACGCUGACAGGCACUUCGGGCCUGUACCCUUACUUAUAAAAACUUGGAGGCAGAUUUGCAAUUUUAUCUUAGAUGAAUUCUUAGUGCAUCAAUUAAAACCAAAGUGAAAAUAUACAUACAAAUACAAGUCUCUAACCCUAAUUUAUUUUAAAAUCAAACACAAAACAGAUUUAUUUUUCUAAACAUAUAGGAGUUUUUUAUAGUAAUUUCGAAUUCGUUUCGCAUUGUUUUCAACAUUCAGGAAAGAUGAGUUACAUGAGAGAGAAAUUCCGCAAUUUGAUGCGAUCAAUGUACAUGUCUUUCUCGAUUCCGUUAAGCGAUUAGUGUUAUUAAACCCGUGGGUACAUCAAGUCUUUUGCACGCAAUCGAUUCUCUUUCUCCCUCAAAUAUUUUUCUUCGACAAACUCGAGGGGAAAAGAAACUCGAGGCGCCUGUCAUUAUCUUUUGUUCCUAUUUUACAACUGCUAUCGGUAUUUUCGCCAACUCUGUUACCGAUUCGUGGGUUAGUACUAAUAUCAACGAAUGCUAUUCCGAGUUUGAACAUAAAUAAAUCGAACUUAUCCCGAAAUGAAAAGACACAGUCAGUAGAUUUAUCAGUAGUCUUCUGUGGUAUUCUAGUACUAAUGUCAAUAAUUGAUAAAUAGUUAUAGAACGUUUAGAAAAAUUAUAUAGAAGCAUUUUUUCUAAAGCGUUUAAUAUUUUCAACUUAGCUGUAUCACCAAUUAUUUCCGUCCCUAAUUUCUCUAUAAUAUAAAUAAAUAUUUGCGUCGUUGGUGAUACGCCAAAGUGAGAAUUAAAUACACAUAAUGAAUGUUGAUAAUUUUUUAACAAUUUCGAACAUAGAUUAUCGGUUUGUGUAGAAGUUAGAAAUGAAGUGUAUAUAAAUUAGAAUAAUGGAGAGUAAAAAAAUGCGAUUAGACUGACAAAUUUCGUAGUUUUCGAGUUCCUUCCUACAAUCGCAGAGAAUUAAGAAAUAGAGUAAGAGAAUUCCGUCGCUUCGGCUAAAGUAAAUCACAUUCAAGUGUGCAAUAACAAACCGUCGCACAUUACGUUACAGAAUUUUGAAAUGUCACCAAAGAAUGCAGCAGUCUUUUUCUUAAAAAUGCAUUUUUAAACGUGACGAGUCCAUCACCAAGGGAACCACCUCGGAAUGUUAAUCGUUAAUUUCGUUAGUUUUCAGAAAAGUUUACAAAGUAUAGAAAAAUCACUAUUUCUGUGUCGUCGGCAUCUGUCUCGCCCCACUAUAUGCAAGAUUUUGUGCAUAUUGACGAUCAGAGUCCGAAAGUUCCAUGUUCAAAGGAUUUAAAACUCCCUUGAGACUUCGGUCCCAUCCGCCGCCACCACCACCUCCCUGCUGCCAUCCUCCGUGAUCACCACCACCGCUUUUUUGUUG